GUCAAGCCAGGCUGCGAGUGAAAGCACUCCUGCCAUCCCAUUGAUGAUGUCGAGCAUUGGGACGACCUUUGCUCCGAUCACCACUGUAGGAUCGAUUGGCAUGAUCCCAAUCAUGUCAACCCCUACUCCUACGCCGACGGCGACAAUGUUCCCAGGCUCGGUAACGACGUCUGGUGGAGCAUUCACACCAUACCCAUCAGCUUGGGCUCAGUUUGCUGCUGACCCGGCAAAUGCUCAGGCUCUACAGGGCUAUCAACAGGUGAUGGCCAUGAUGCAACAGGCAGGUGGCUUCAUGCCAUUUGCCUAUCCCGGCAUGACGCCACCAAUCAUGCCACCUCCGGUGUCGACCUCGUCGACAUUUGUCCCUAGGAUGGUCCCUAUACAUCCGGUGAAUUUGACGGGGACUUUGAAUGAAGCAGCGCCCUCAAAUGUCCAUGAAAUCAAUGAGGCGGAGCAGGAGGCGGCCCGCAGGAGGAAGGCGCAAUGGAAAGACUUGGAGGAAGCAGAAAGCCAGUCGAGGGCGUCGGCAUAUACCAGGCUCUCAUACGAUGAGGAUGACCUGGACAAGAUAGGGAGCGUAGCAAGGAAAUUACGUGCCCUGGAGGAAAAGGUGGAAGAGAAGGCGGGAGCGAAAAAACACACUUUGGCUAAAUCUCCCUUUUCGGCUAGGGUACAUGCGCAGAGGUUGAGGCGGAAGAUCAAGCUGGACGUGGAGAAAUUCACAGGGAAGGAGGAUCCAAACGUCCACCUUGACACCUUCCACAAUGCAGCACAGAUGGCCGGGUGCACUGAUGCUGAAGAGUGCUUGCUCUUCUUCUCAUCCUUGAGAGGGAUGCCAGUGGAAUGGUUUAACGGCCUUCCCCAUGGCAGGAUUGGGUCCUUUGAGAAACUUGCUGAAGUUUUCCGCAAGAAGUACCAGGACAACUGCAUCAAGAGGAAGAAAUUUACCUACCUUAACACGGUAGGGCAGAGGGAGAAGGAGACCUUGACUCAAUUCUUAACCCGCUGGAGGGAUGAGGUUGACAAGGUAGAAGAGAUGGACGAUAAGACGGCCAUGUCUUUGUUGAUGAAUGCCUUCCGGUCAGGUGACCUCUACACUGAAUUCUGUAGGAGGCCGCCCUCCUCUUAUCAGGAAGCCUACAAUACGGCAUGGGAAUAUGCCGAGGCAGAAGUGCUGAACAAGAAUAAGCGGGAGCUGGAAGAAGGCUACACAA